AUGUCGUCACAAGACUCUGUCACCACACAGCUGUCUUCACCAGGUGUCCCACAUGAGGAAUCCAUUCUCGACAACUACUUUGAACUUCUGAGCCAGAACCAUUGUGACAAGGCCAAAGAACUUGUGGACAGUGAGAAGGAUGGCCACAAGUUCAGUUAUGCUGCUUAUUGGGGAGAGACCCUGCAAUGCCUCUCCCAGCUUGCCACAGCUGAGAAGAACUACAGUCACCUUGUCUUUCUGAGCCAGAAACGGUUCACACAGAUUGUUCGCACAAAAGAUAGUGCCAAGUCCAUUUAUUCCAUGCUGCUUCAAGAGUUUCAGCGGAUGGAAAAUUCCUUUGCACCUAGCUUGUCCAGAUCGAUAGAUGCAGAGUCUGAGCAGUUGCUUGCACAUAUAAAUGGCCAGCUAUGCUACUUUGUGCGUGCCAGAAUCCGAUUGAUAGAAUUCUAUGAACAAUUGGCUGGUCUGGGAGCCAACAGACAGGCAGUAAACUUUGAGGAUUUGGUUGUGGUGUGUGAAGAAAUUCAGAAUGAGUACAUCAGAGAGUUUCAUCACCCCCUGGUUUCUCCACUGAGAGCUGUGUGUAGUUUUGAGUGUGACAUUCUUUGUCACCUGCUGAGAGCCCAGGUUCUCAUGUCCACAUGGAGCUACCUGCCUUGUGUUGUUCAACUCUACCAUGCACACAGCAAACUGAACAGCUGGUCAGACAUGAUCCCCAUGAAAGAGGUGAAAACAGCAUUUGGUCGUAGCACUGGAAAGAUAAGUCCACUGCCUCCACUUUACAACUGGCUGUUUAAGCUGAAAGGAUUUUUGCUCUCAAAAUUUGGUUUCUAUUUCUAUGAUACUUUGGCAAAGCAGACAGUUCCAGCAGAGCUGAAGGUGGCUCUAUCAAAGUGUCCUGAAGACUUUGUUGGCAAAGUCCAGGCUUUUCAGAAGAAGUCUGAUGCCUCAGAUGUGUAUCUUGUGUUGAAUGCCCAUGGACUUACGGGCCAUGUUCGGGAGGGUGGCUACCAUCAUCCAGAUAAAUAUGCUGAACCUCUGAAAGGAAUGGAAACUUAUUUGCCUAUUUUCUCCUACCCCCAUGAACGUGUCAUCAAUGUCCUACAUUGGCCAAACAUUGUUAUGUUAAUAAACACUGACUCAGAGGCAGACAAAGUCAGGUUCUUCUAUGAGAAAUUGACAGAAAGGAGACCCCACAGCUCAUACUUCAUAGUCAGAGCAGACUCCCGCAUAUCCUUGGUUGUUGUCUUUGAGUGCAAGAAGAAUGAGAAGGAUUCCAGCAUUAACUCCUUUAUGUCUGACAUGGCCACACAGUUGAGAUGUCAGAACGUGAUGGCUGGGAUAAAGAGCUUUGCCCGCUCCUGA